AUGGGCGAUAUGAAGAAACUCCAGGACGAGGUCCGAGCUAUCCAGGCUUCCGUUGAAAAGUUGGAACACCUUCCUGCAACUGUGGACGCUCUAACUGAAAACGUAGCCAACCUCACCCAGAUGGUACACUCUUUCUUCACAUCACCGAACACCGCUGCCGCUACUGUCACUUCUUCUCUGGGCACCCAAGUUCCAGAAACUGCACCACCACAGCCAGCUGAUUCCACCCAUCCGACUAGAUUCACCAAACUUGAGUUCUCACUUUUGAUGGCAAAAGCGACCCUCUUAUUUGGCUCUAUCGUUGUUACCACUGCAGCAUAUUAUAUGUUUGAUAGUGCCCAACUAUGGUACAAACGUCGCUUGCAAGAUGGUCAACUAUUUUCUUGGAUCCAAUUCAAAGCUGCAUGCACCCUCCGCUUCAGACCGCCCCGGAGCAUCAACCCGUUAGGAGAGCUGGCAAACCUCAAACAACAGGGUCGGGCUGUCGAUGACUUCAUUGAUGAUUUUCAGCUCUUGCUCGCACGGGCUGACAAUGUCUUGUACUCCCAACAGGUAAACUUAUUCACUGCCGGCUUGGAUGAGAUCCUACGCAUUGAUGUUGAACGACUGAGACCUGAUUCGCUUGAUGAAGCCAUUAAUAUUGCACGAGAUUAUGCUCGUAAAGGCACCCUGCUUCGUCCUACUACCUCCCAGAGGCCUUUCCCACCACAAACUCCACCGAGCAGUGCCAUUACGGUACACCAACAGCCACUGGGGCAGAAUACCACACAGUCUCGACCGCUGCGACCGAAGAAGCUUUCCUCGGCUGAGAUGCUGGAACGGCAAAAACUGGGCCUUUGCUACAACUGUGAUGAAAAAUGGAUUAAGGGCCAUCGUUGCAAGCGCCACUUAUAUAUGCUGGGAAUUAUUGAGGAUGAGGAAGAUGACGUGGAUAAUUGUCUGGAGGACUUGGAACCAGAAAUCUCUCUCCACGCUAUCACCGGCAUAAACCAUUCCCAAACAAUGCAGAUUCGUUUGAUGGUUGCGGGUUCACCGAUCAUUGCCUUAGUUGAUUCUGGGAGCACUGAUAAUUUCAUCAAUAUCGCCACUGCCCACCGGCUUCAUUUGCCUAUCACCCCUCGCACUGGUUUGCAUGUUGCUGUAGCUAAUGGCGAACGCAUGCCUAGCUCCGGAAUCUGCCAGAACAUGUUUUUACAGUAUGAUUCCAUCUCCUUCAUUGAAAACUUUUUUGUCAUCCCUUUAGCAGGAGUGGAGUUGGUAUUGGGGGUCAAAUGGUUGCGCACGUUGGGCCCUAUUUGGUGGAAUUUUGAAACAAUGCAAAUGCACUUUGCGUGGCAGGGGACCGAUGUGGUGCUUUCUGGGGUUUCAGGUUCUGGUCACCCAUCUUUGCACCUCCUUCACCAGCUCCUCACUAAAACUGCAACAAUGGAUUCACUCCUUGACCACUUUGUAUCAGUUUUCGGCACCCCUCAGUGCCUUCCGCCCUCUCGCAGUUGUGACCACAGGAUUGUACUGGCGCAGGGAACUAAUCCCGUGGUUGUCCGACCAUAUAGAUAUCCUCACCUUCAAAAAGAUGAAAUUGAGCGACAGUGCAGUGACAUGCUCCAUUCGGGGAUCAUUCGACCAGCAGAUCUCCAUUAUGGGGUUAUUGCUGCGCCCCUGACCAACCUCCUACGCAAGCAUUCCUUCAACUGGGACAAUGAUGCAGACGCUGCAUUCGCUACUCUUAAAAGGGCUUUGUCUUCAGCUCCGGUUCUUUGCCUCCCUAACUUUGCAAUAAUUUUUGUAGUAGAAUGUGAUGCCUCCGGGGUGGGCAUAGGCGUUGUUCUGCACCAAGACGGGCACCCUAUCGCUUAUUUCAGCCGCAAGUUGGCUGAUCGGCACCUGAAAUUACCAGCCUAUGAGAGGGAACUCAUUGGCUUGUCUCAGGCUGUCCGCCAUUGGCGCCACUAUCUGUGGGGGAGGGAGUUCGUCAUCAAAACGGACCAUUAUAGCUUGAAAUACCUGCUGCAACAACGACUCACUACCUCCCCGCAACAGCAUUGGAUGAGCAAACUUCUGGGAUUUGAUUUCAAGGUGGAAUAUAAGCCGGGGAGGCUUAAUGUCGUGGCAGAUGCCCUCUCGCGGCGGGACGAAGAGCCUAGCACUCUGUUUUCCAUCUCGUGCCCACGUACCUCCCUUUUACAGGACAUUCAGGAUGAGCUCGCACAAACUACCGAAGGGCGUGCUUGGGUAGCCCGCGCAGCAGCUGACUCUACCAAUGUUUGGACUGUUCGUGAUGGUCUUUUGUUUAAAGGUACUAAACUGGUUUUGAUUCCAUCUUCUAAGUUUAUUCCAGUUGUGCUAUCCGAAAUUCAUGGCUCCACUCAUGAGGGUGUUCAGAAGACGAUCCAUCGCAUCCGAAGGGAAUUUUAUUGGCCUAAGCUUGCUGAUUCUGUGAGGGAAUUCAUUGCCCAGUGCACCAUCUGUCAGCAGCACAAGUGGGAGAACACACACCCCUCUGGGUUGCUACAGUCGCUCCCUAUUCCGGAGCAGAUUUGGUCAGAGGUUUCCAUGGAUUUCAUCGUUGGCCUGCCGAAGGUCCAGGGGAAGUCAGUGAUCCUAGUGGUUGUUGAUCGUUUGUCUAAAUACGCUCACUUCUUCCCAUUGGCUCACCCGUAUACAGCAUCUUCUGUAGCUCGCACAACGCUGUCCUUUUCAUCUGCGUAUCACCCGCAAUCUGAUGGCCAAAUGGAGGUGGUAAAUCGCACAAUCGAGAUGUACUUGCGGUGUCUUGUGAGCAGUUAUCCAAAUCGUUGGGUGGACACUCUUCCGUGGGCAGAGUAUUGCUAUAAUACUUCAUUUCACUCUUCCCUCAAGACUACUCCGUUUCAGAUGGUCUAUGGUCGUGCUCCUCCUCGCCUAAUCCCUUUCGAACCAGGAACGACGAAAGUGGCUGCUGUGGAUGACCUCCUGCAGAUGCGAGACGAGAUUUUGACCCAUGCGCGUCAUCACCUUCAAGAGGCUCAGGUCCGUAUGCGAGAGCAAUAUGAUAAGCAUCACAAGGAGGUAAACUUUGAGCCUAAUCAAUGGGUUUGGAUUCGUCUCCAACACUACAGGCAGCAUUCUCUUGCCCGUAGGAAAUUCCAUAAGCUGUCUCCAAGAUGGUACGGGCCCUAUAAAUUUUUACAACGCAUUGGUCCUGUGGCAUACAGAGUAGAACUGCCUGAGAAUUGCAGAAUUCAUAAUGUCUUUCAUGUCUCUAAACUGAAAGCUUUCGUGGGUGAUCCUCCUUCGCAGCUUCCGACCUUGCCACCAAUCACGGAUGGUCGACUAGUCCGCCAACCUCAGAGGGUUCUGCGCUCUAGGCUCAAUCGUGGUUCACCGGAGAUUUUAGUUGUUUGGAAGGGUAUUUCAGCAGAUGACGCCACUUGGGAGCAACUGCAUGACUUUAAGCUCCAGUUUCCUUCUUUCAAGCUUGAGGACAAGCUUGUUGUCCAGGAGGGGAGUAAUGAUGCGUUCUUUGGAAAGGCAUAUCAGCGUCGGAUUCGAAAUCGCAUGGAAGAUAUGUAG